CCUGCUACUAUUUUUUUUUUAUAAAAUUAUCAACUUAGCAAAUAUCUGCGACCAUACCGAAGCUUUUACUAUUUAUAAAGAUGUACAUAAUUUUAUUGUCUCAGGCCACGAGGAGAACGGCGUGUCCGGCGGGACGGGCGGCGGCGGUGGCGACCCAGCGGUGCUGGCGGUGGGGCCGGCGCGGCGGCCGCUCACCCACACCCGCGAGGAGCUGCUGCGCCUGCGCAAUUCGCCGCUCGUCAAACGCACUGAAAACGCCUUCGCGGGCUGCGAGGCUCUUGCGCUUGUUUUGAAGAGACGUUCCGAUUCGCCGAAUGAAGAAGACCGAGGUGCCAAGGGUGACGCGCCCAAUGAGAACCAUAAGGGCGUGUUCGGUCGCGAGCGCGAGCGCCGGUCGGCGGACCCGCGCGAGCGCGUGCGCAAGGAGAGCGAGCCGAGCGGCGGCGGCAUCGUGCUGUCGCCGCAGCGCCGCUCCUUCACGUCGGGCUGCGGGGCGCCCUCCGCCGCGCCGCACGCGCCGCCGCACGUGGCUCGCACGCGCCCCGAGUCGCCGCUGCCCAUCGCCGCCGCGCAGCAGCCGCUCACCAACAAGACUGAACAAGGCGGUCGUCGCAUCGGCUCCGGCCGUAUCCUCGUGCGCGACGUGUCGGGCACGUGGGACGACUGCGACUACCGCAACGAGCACCGCGCCGAACACCGACCCGAGCACCGACCCGAACACCGCGCCGAGCCCUACCGCCCGCCGCGCGAGCGGGACCAUCGCGCUAAUGGCGACAGGUUCGAGCGGCGUUCGUUCAGCCGUGACACUUUCUCUUCCGACAUGAAGAGGGAGCGAGACGAUCGGUUCAACAACGACAAGCCGCGAGACAGGGAGGACAAUCGUCGAUCCGGUGGUCGCUACUCUAAUCGUCGAUACGAUAAAGACGAGGAACCAGAGUGGUUCAGCGGAGGUCCGACAUCUCAACUGGAAACGAUCGAGUUGCGUGGCUUCGACGAUCCGCCCAAGAAGAACGGGACCACUAACAACAACAAGGAUGGCGAUAAGUGGAACAGUAGUGGGACGCGGUCCCCGCUGGAGCGCUGGCGCGAGACCUCCUCGCCGGUGCAACAACCCGCUGAAACCGCUGACACUAGCAACGACAAGGACUCUGGCGUCGAUUCGAAGACUGAGGAAGCUCAGUCGAACAACGAGCAGCCGGAGUUCAACCUUGACGAAUUCCUCAAGUUUGACACAAUACCUGACGUACUUACUAAUGGUAGUGGCGAGACCGAAGGUGGAAGCCGGUUCAGCCGAUGGUUCCGUCGCGAGAGUCCUACCAAUGAGGCGCGUCACUACGAGAGGCUUCUGCACAACAUGGUGGACGAGCUGGACAGCUCGCCGCGCGCGGAGUCGGCGGCGGGCGUGGCGGGUGCAGGCGGCGCGGCGGGCGCGGCGGGG